AUGGGCGAACGGUGUGGAAAUCGGCGUCCCGAUUGCCUUCGUGUAGUCAGCGCGGCUGUCCGUAGUCAGCGCAGCCGCCGCGGGGCGUUCCCGCCCGCUCGUGGUGUCGUUUCCGCUGCGCUACUUCGUGGAGGAUGUGGGCGCGUGGCUACUUGCCUUGCAGGAGCGCGGCAGCGGGGGAGCUUGGUUUGCGUCGCUUUUCCCGGAAAGUGUCGAGAUCUGGUGGCGCUUUCUUCUCCUGCGGGG